UUAAGCAGUUUGUUCUGUUUACGUUGGUUUCCACUUCAGGGUUGGAUGGAUUCAAUAAAGGCGCUGUGGCUUCAUAGUCAGCGGCUCUAUGACUGAGGGGAGAGGGGGAGUAGGGCUGAGAGAGCCUCCACUUUCAUGAUAAACCCCUCUUGAAGCAGAGUGAGUUUGAUCAAGUAUGAUCAUGAGCUCUUUUUGAAGCAGAGCUCAAGUAAAUUGCUAGCCUUUGCCUCACAAUUUCAUAUUUUCUUUCGAAAACAUCGAGGCCCUGUUUUUCCUUGCUCCGAUUGCGAGAAACCGAUUCAUGAUCUUCUGGGUUUCCUUUGUAGAUUCCGAUAGUUUCAUUUUUCAAGUCUAGAUAUCUCUUAUUCAUAUGGUGCACUCAAGUUCUUGAUUUCAGGUGUGUUAUAUUACUUUCAGCUGGCGAGCCUUUCUGUAUCUGUGCGUGUGGGAGACAUUCAUUUGAUUGGUUCUUGGUCUUGUAACUCCACAAACACGAAAAGCAAAAGAGAAGAAGAAAAAAAGAGAAAAAAACUUGACACAUCAGGCAAUUAGGUUCCGCUAAUGCAAGAUUAGGAUGAUGAUGGUUCACAUUCGGUUCUGUGAAUUGUGGCAAACUGGAGAGGGGAGUUAGAAUUUGAAGUGAAGUUGAUGAUAACAUAUUAACUUCUGGGCUGUCAGUGUAUUUGAGGAAAUGUCCUUCCGCAGUAUAGUUCGUGAUGUAAGGGAUGGUUUUGGAAGCUUAUCUAGGCGGGGUUUUGAGGUAAGGCUUCCUGGCCAUCACAGGGGCAAGUCACAUAGUUCAGUCCAUGAGGUGCCAGAACAACCUCCAGUGAUACAGAACAGCCGCUGGGCUAGCCUUCCACCUGAGCUCCUUCAUGAUGUUAUCAAAAGAUUGGAAGAAAGUGAGAGCACAUGGCCUGCCCGUAAGCAUGUGGUCGCAUGUGCUGCUGUGUGCAAGUCCUGGAGAGAAAUGUGCAAAGAAAUUGUAAGCAAUCCAGAGUUCUGUGGGAAAAUUACUUUUCCUGUUUCCUUGAAGCAGCCUGGGCCUCGGGAUGGAAUGAUCCAGUGUUCCAUCAAGAGAGACAAAUCUAACCUGACAUACCACCUCUUUCUUUGUCUAAGUCCUGCCUUGCUUGUUGAGAAUGGAAAGUUUCUGCUCUCUGCUAAACGGACUAGACGAACAACUUGCAGAGAGUACAUUAUAUCCAUGGAUGCUGAUAGCAUAUCAAGAUCUAGUAGCACUUAUAUUGGGAAGCUGAGGUCAAAUUUUCUGGGCACCAAAUUCCUAAUAUAUGAUACACAGCCUCCCUAUAAUUUUGCUCAGCUGCCUCCUCCUUCGCCUAGCCAAAGCCGUCGAUUCUAUUCUAGAAAGGUUUCUCCAAAAGUCCCCAGCGGCAGCUACAAUAUUGCUCAGGUCAUCUAUGAGCUGAAUGUGCUUGGUACAAGAGGCCCACGCAAGAUGAACUGCACCAUGUGCUCGAUCCCAGAAUCAGCCCUGGAGCCUGCUGGCACUGUCCCAGGCCAGCCAGAACUCAUUCCUUGUGCCAUGGAUGACUCGUUCCGGAGUACAUCCUUUUCAAAAUCGAUCCGCAGUUCAUCCAAUUUUAGCAGCUCUAGGUUCUCAGACAUCAUGUGGACCGGCAACGAAGGAGAGAGUGGCGAGGUAAAAGAGAGGCCACUAAUUCUCAAGAACAAGGCUCCAAGAUGGCAUGAGCAGCUGCAAUGUUGGUGCCUUAACUUCCGGGGCAGAGUGACUGUGGCCUCCGUCAAGAAUUUCCAGCUGAUUGCCGCUGUGCAGCCUGCAGCCGGUGCUCCAAUGCCGGCACAGCGUGGCCCGGCAGAUCACGACAAGGUUAUUCUUCAGUUUGGCAAGGUAGGCAAGGAUUUGUUCACCAUGGACUAUCGAUAUCCCCUGUCGGCAUUCCAGGCUUUUGCCAUAUGCUUGACUAGCUUUGACACUAAACUAGCAUGUGAAUAGUCACAAAUGUGAUGGGAAAAUUAAAAUUCAAUCUCCAUUGGAUGCUCAGGUCGCAUCCAUUCAUUGUAUACUUUAGUAGUUUCAAAUGUAAAUCAAAAAUUUAACGAACAAGCUGUGUCAAUUGCUUCCAA